AUGCACGAGCUCCUCCUCCUCACCCAAGCCCCCUCCCCCCGGCACGACCAACUCCUCAACAUCCUCGCCGGCAUCUCCGGCAUGCAGCCGGUCCCCAUCCUCGAAAAACACCUCCUAUUCAAGCCCAACCGCAGCGGCGGACCUACACCCGGCGCGCAGAAUACGCAAGUCGGGGCGGGAGCGAAGGGGUUGAAGCAACUAAAUGCCGCGGCGAGCGGGGACGCGUUUUAUCUACGCGUAGUGGGGGAGAGGGCAGGUGGGGCAGGCGGGGCAGGCGGGAUGAUGAAUGGUCCAGGCAACGCUGAUGAGGGGGAGGGGGAGGAGAAAAGCGUAGGGGCAGCGAAAUGGACGAUCCAAUUCCGUGACGUGCCGGAGGUUGUGAGGCAGCGACCUGUGACGGCGAGAUUGAUGGCGGAUAUACCCAUCACGUCGGGCGAUCCGGUGGGGUUUAUGGAAGCGAUGGAUUAUAGCAUGGGCUUGGCUAAUGGGGAGGUUGAUAGCUUUGUGACAGCCUACUACAUCACUGGCCACCGCUUCACACAUCAAAAUACUUCUAUAUUGCUCUAUCGAGCUACUAUUCCAGCUGCGACAAGCGACCGUAAUGGAUUGCUCGACAUUCGGAAAGAGGGAGAUGGGAGCAGGCUGUUAGAUUCUUCCGGCGCGUAUGUCGUGCAAGCGAUGCUCAGAGUGCAGGAUGGCUCGAAGGUCGAGAUCAUGAAUAGGGGAAUGACUGAGUUACUUGGUUUGAAGGAGACUCUGAAGGGGGUGGUGGAGUUGGAUGUUGGGGAUCGGUUGGCCAUGGAUACGAGGGUGCGGUGA